GAAUAAUACUGCUAUUACGUUACUUUCUUCAUUUUGGCAGUAUCUUCUUUUUCUCCUCUUAUCUUAAUAACCUCUCCAUUCAACACCACCUUUUACAAUAUUCCCCAUCUUCUCUCAAGGGUACUCCAAUUUCUUUGCUCUCCAGUUUUUUUAGACAUUAAUCAUGUCUUUCAGAUUCAGAGGGCCAAAUGCUUCUUUUGGAAUGGGUGUGGCUGAUCACGGCAAAAAUGCAUUCUUGGAGCUAAAGAGGAAGAAAGUCCACAGAUAUGUGAUUUUCAAGAUUGAUGAAAAGAAAAAGGAGGUUAUUGUUGAGAAAACUGGCAGCCCUGCUGAAAACUUUGAUGAUUUUACUGCAUCUUUGCCAGAAAAUGAUUGCCGAUAUGCGGUGUAUGACUUUGAUUUUGUGACCUCCGAGAAUUGCCAAAAGAGCAAGAUUUUCUUUGUUCAUUGGUCUCCUGCAACAUCUCGUAUCCGUGCAAAAAUGCUUUACGCCACUUCCAAAGACGCAUUUAGAAGAGAGCUGGAUGGUUUUCAUUAUGAGAUUCAGGCUACUGAUCCCACAGAAGUUGAUCUUGAAGUGCUGAAAGACCGUGCUCACUGAGCACCUCUUGCAUCAAAAGCUAUCUUCCUCAGAAUAAAGGAAGAGCAUUAGCAGGGCCAUACCAUCAUAAUGAUUAGUGCUUAUAGCUUAUCGUUGGCCCCGUUUCUUACACAGCAAAAAUUCUUCUUAAAUAAUAGGGAAUUUGGGAAAGCUGAUUUCCAGUUACACAUUUUAGCUUGUUAGUGUAUAUGGUGUUGCUAUUGUUUUGCUUUUUCUCAGAUGUUUGAACAAUUAGGAAGUGCAUAAUAAUAUCAGUGGUUCUCAAGCAAGUAUAGUAUUCAUGGGCUGCAAGGGGCUGGAUCCUCUCUAAUCCUUAUUCUCCACUUCUCUUCAAAUUAAGGAUUAUGGUUUAAGUCUUACAUGCUGGAGUCACGUCAAGUUAGUAGCACUAUCAGGUAUUGGAUUUCCUUAUCAAAUUGUUCAGUUUUUUUUUUAACUAAGAGUAGAAAUCGACAAGCAUUUGAAGUAAAAUUGUCUUCUAGGAAAGUGAGUUAACAUGCCUACUGUUAUGUUAAUAAAGAUUUGUAACAUGAUAGCUUGUGUAAUAAAGUAUAUUGCUGUA